AUGCAGCGAAAAAGAGCCAGCGAAUUGACAAUUAACAAUGUUUCACAACUGGAAGAAGAUAUCAUCACACCACUUGAAUGGAUGUUCUCAUCAAAAGAAAAAUGGGAAAAACGGGAGAAGGAUAAUAUAGUGCAGGAUGAGAUGAACAUCAAAUCAAAGUUGACAAAAAAUCGCGAAAAAAGACAAGUAAAGCGAAAAGCUGCAGCGAAGAAUAGCCUGAUGACGUUAGACACCGCAAAAUUAAAGGGAAGCGCUGCAGAAGGAAUGCAAUCCGAGUUAGAAAAGGAUGGUAAAGCCAUAGCAGCAGAAACACUGAAACUAAAGGACAUUUCCAAGAACGAUGGAGAAAAGGUUACUGAUGACAAACAGAACGUAAUCAACAGUGUGAAAAGUCGACGAGAAAAUAAAGGUCAAGUCGAAUAG